AUGUCUGUGCCGCCGUAUAUUCUGCAGCAGCAGUAUAUGAUGGGUCUUAUGGGCCAACAAAUGCCGCCACCGAUGGGUCAGCCAAUGGGCCCACCGAUGGGACAGCCUAUCGGUCAGCCAAUGGGCCCGCCGAUGAUGGGCCAACACAUGCAGCCCAUAGGCAUGGGUGGGGCGCCGCCCAUGGGGUCGACCGCGCAAUCGUCGGCCACCGCUUCCGGCAGUAACUUCUUGAGCGAAGACGAGCUCAAGGAGAAGGCGAAGAAGUGGCAACAGUUGCAGACCAAACGGUACGCCGAGAAGCGGAAGUUCGGGUUCAUUGAGGCCCAGAAGGAGGAGAUGCCUCCGGAACACCUCCGCAAGAUUAUCAGAGACCACGGGGACAUGACCUCCAAGAAGUACCGGCACGACAAACGCGUCUAUUUGGGAGCCCUUAAGUAUAUGCCGCACGCAGUCCUCAAACUCAUGGAGAAUAUGCCGAUGCCUUGGGAGCAGAUCCGCGACGUGUCGGUGCUCUACCACAUCACGGGUGCCAUCACUUUCGUGAAUGAGAUCCCGUGGGUCAUCGAACCGGUAUAUAUCGCUCAGUGGGGGUCGAUGUGGAUAAUGAUGAGGCGCGAGAAGAGGGAUCGGCGGCACUUCAAACGCAUGCGAUUCCCGCCCUUCGAUGACGAGGAGCCUCCCCUCGACUACGCGGACAAUGUGCUCGACGUCGAGCCCCUCGAAGCCAUUCAAAUGGAGUUGGAUGACGAAGAGGACAGUCAUGUGUUGAAGUGGUUCUACGAUCACAAGCCUUUAGUGGACACGAAGUACGUGAACGGCACGUCAUACCGGCGCUGGUACCUAACGCUCCCCCAAUUGGCGACUCUCUACCGAUUGGCCAAUCAGUUGUUGACUGAUUUGGUUGACAGCAACUACUUCUAUCUCUUUGAUCUCAAGUCAUUCUUUACGGCCAAAGCGUUAAAUAUGGCGAUUCCGGGCGGACCUAAGUUCGAGCCAUUGAUUAAAGACAUAAAUCCCGGCGACGAAGACUGGAAUGAAUUCAAUGACAUCAACAAAAUCAUUAUCCGUCAACCGAUUCGUACUGAAUAUCGCAUUGCGUUCCCAUAUCUGUACAACAAUUUACCACAUUUUGUACACCUCUCGUGGUAUCACGCGCCCAACGUUGUGUUCAUCAAAACGGAAGACCCGGAUUUGCCGGCAUUUUAUUUCGAUCCCCUCGUGAACCCUAUCUCUCAAAGCCGGACGACCAACAAGACUGUUGAGCCCAUACCUAAUGAUGAUGAGGACGACCAGGCGUUCGUUUUGCCUGAAUAUGUGGAGCCCUUAAUGAGCGGUUGUCCCCUAUAUUCCGAUCACACGGCCAACGGAAUCGCAUUGCUUUGGGCGCCGCGUCCUUACAAUUUGCGAUCCGACAGAACCCGCAGAGCUAUUGACGUGCCGUUAGUGAAGAGCUGGUACAGCGAGCACUGUCCGCCCCAAAUGCCCGUCAAAGUGAGGGUUUCCUAUCAGAAGCUAUUGAAGUAUUUCGUGUUGAAUGCACUCAAACACAGACCUCCGAAGCCGCAGAAGAAGCGCUAUUUGUUCCGUUCGUUCAAAUCGACAAAAUUCUUUCAGUCGACAACUCUUGAUUGGGUGGAAGCGGGCCUUCAGGUGUGCCGUCAGGGCUAUAAUAUGCUGAACCUAUUGAUUCACCGCAAGAAUCUUAAUUACCUUCACUUGGAUUACAACUUCAAUCUAAAACCCGUCAAAACGCUGACCACUAAAGAGCGAAAGAAGUCUCGCUUCGGGAAUGCGUUUCACUUGUGUCGCGAAAUCCUGCGUUUGACAAAACUUGUGGUCGACUCUCACGUUCAGUACCGACUCAAUAAUGUGGACGCCUUUCAAUUGGCUGAUGGGCUCCAGUAUGUGUUCGCACACGUCGGACAGUUGACGGGAAUGUAUCGAUACAAAUACAAACUCAUGCGACAAAUCCGUAUGUGUAAAGACCUGAAACACUUGAUUUACUACCGGUUCAACACCGGACCCGUUGGUAAAGGACCCGGAUGUGGCUUUUGGGCGCCCGGUUGGAGAGUUUGGCUAUUUUUUAUGCGCGGAAUCACUCCAUUGCUGGAGAGAUGGUUAGGAAAUCUGUUGUCCCGUCAGUUCGAGGGACGACACUCUAAAGGUGUUGCCAAAACGGUGACCAAACAGCGAGUGGAAAGUCAUUUUGAUUUGGAACUGAGAGCUUCGGUAAUGCACGACAUAAUCGAUAUGAUGCCCGAAGGCAUCAAACAAAAUAAGGCGCGGACUAUCCUCCAGCACUUGAGCAUCAAACAAAAUAAGGCGCGGACUAUCCUCCAGCACUUGAGUGAGGCCUGGCGUUGCUGGAAGGCUAACAUCCCGUGGAAAGUGCCCGGACUUCCCAUUCCUAUCGAGAAUAUGAUCUUAAGAUUCGUGAAGAUGAAGGCCGACUGGUGGGCCAACACCGCCCACUAUAACCGCGAACGUAUCAGAAGGGGAGCCACUGUUGACAAGACUGUCUGCAAGAAGAAUUUGGGUCGACUCACGCGUCUGUACCUCAAAGCAGAACAGGAAAGACAACACAAUUACCUGAAGGACGGACCGUAUAUUAGUGCCGAGGAAGCGGUUGCUAUCUAUACAACGACUGUCCAUUGGCUCGAAAGCCGACGCUUUUCGCCGAUACCGUUCCCCCCGCUGUCCUACAAACACGACACCAAACUGUUGAUAUUGGCGUUGGAACGACUCAAAGAGGCCUAUAGUGUGAAGAGCCGUCUGAAUCAGUCGCAGCGCGAAGAACUCGGUCUUAUAGAGCAGGCCUACGACAACCCACACGAAGCCCUCUCACGUAUUAAACGUCAUCUUUUGACUCAACGGGCUUUCCGUGAAGUGAGCAUUGAAUUCAUGGACUUAUACUCCCAUCUGAUUCCCGUCUACGACGUCGAGCCCCUCGAGAAGAUAACCGACGCUUAUUUGGAUCAAUAUCUUUGGUACGAAGCGGACAAACGCCAUCUGUUCCCACAAUGGCUCAAACCGGCCGAUUCGGAACCGCCGCCGCUUUUGGUGUAUAAGUGGUGCCAAGGAAUCAACAAUUUAGAGGACGUUUGGGACACAAACGAAAGGGAAUGUAAUGUAAUGCUUGAGUCACGCUAUGAGAAACUCUACGAAAAGAUUGAUUUAACACUUCUUAAUCGAUUGCUUCGACUUAUCGUUGACCACAAUAUCGCCGAUUAUAUGACCGCAAAGAACAAUAUUGUCAUCAAUUAUAAGGACAUGAAUCACACCAACUCUUACGGAAUCAUUAGAGGUCUUCAGUUCUCUUCAUUUAUUGUUCAAUACUAUGGAUUAGUAUUGGAUUUACUUGUGUUGGGUCUGCAGAGAGCCAGUGAAAUGGUUGGUCCGCCGCAACUGCCCAACGAUUUCCUUACCUAUCAAGACGUGGCCACAGAAGCCUCGCAUCCCAUUCGUCUUUACUCUCGAUAUAUCGACAGAUUUCACAUAUUCUUCAGGUUUACGGCCGAAGAGGCGCGAGAUUUAAUACAGAGAUAUCUGACGGAACAUCCGGACCCUAACAACGAGAAUAUCGUGGGCUAUAAUAACAAGAAGUGUUGGCCAAGAGAUGCCAGAAUGCGUCUAAUGAAACACGACGUGAACUUAGGGCGCGCCGUCUUCUGGGACAUUAAGAACCGUUUGCCCCGAUCUGUGACUACCAUUCAGUGGGAGAACAGCUUCGUCUGCGUCUACAGCAAAGACAAUCCCAACCUAUUGUUCAAUAUGUGUGGCUUCGAGUGCAGAAUUCUCCCCAAAUGUCGUAUGACUCACGAGGAGUUCACACACAAAGACGGCGUUUGGAAUCUCCAGAACGAAGUGACCAAAGAGAGGACCGCCCAGUGCUUCCUCCGAGUCGACGACGAGUCAAUGCAACGCUUCCACAACAGAGUCCGACAAAUACUGAUGGCUUCCGGUUCGACAACAUUCACCAAAAUUGUCAACAAAUGGAACACAGCUUUGAUUGGUUUAAUGACUUAUUAUCGCGAGGCUGUCGUCAACACUCAGGAGCUGUUGGAUCUGUUAGUGAAGUGCGAAAACAAAAUCCAAACUCGAAUUAAGAUCGGUUUGAACUCCAAGAUGCCGUCCCGUUUUCCUCCCGUUGUCUUCUAUACACCCAAAGAGUUGGGAGGAUUGGGAAUGUUAUCCAUGGGUCACGUACUCAUCCCUCAGUCAGAUCUUCGGUGGUCUAAGCAGACAGACGUCGGAAUAACGCACUUCCGGUCGGGUAUGUCGCACGACGAGGAUCAGGUGAUACCCAAUCUGUACCGAUAUAUCCAGCCCUGGGAGACGGAGUUCAUUGAUUCGCAGAGAGUUUGGGCCGAAUAUGCGCUCAAACGACAGGAAGCAUUGGCUCAGAACAGACGCCUGACAUUAGAAGACUUGGAGGACAGUUGGGAUCGAGGAAUACCCCGAAUUAAUACUCUGUUCCAGAAGGACAGACACACGUUAGCCUACGAUAAGGGCUGGAGAGUGCGCACAGACUUCAAACAGUAUCAGGUGCUGAAGCAGAACCCGUUUUGGUGGACACAUCAGAGACACGACGGAAAGCUCUGGAAUCUAAACAAUUACAGAACAGAUAUGAUUCAAGCGCUGGGAGGCGUGGAAGGCAUUCUGGAGCACACGCUCUUCAAAGGCACGUAUUUCCCCACUUGGGAGGGACUCUUCUGGGAGAAGGCCAGCGGUUUCGAGGAGUCGAUGAAAUACAAGAAGUUGACAAACGCUCAGCGCUCGGGUCUCAACCAAAUCCCGAACCGUCGGUUUACGCUGUGGUGGUCGCCCACCAUCAACAGGGCUAACGUUUACGUGGGAUUUCAAGUGCAACUCGAUUUGACCGGCAUUUUCAUGCACGGAAAGAUCCCGACCCUCAAGAUAUCGUUGAUUCAGAUAUUCAGGGCUCACUUGUGGCAGAAGAUCCACGAGAGCGUUGUCAUGGAUUUGUGUCAAGUGUUUGAUCAGGAAUUGGAUGCCUUGGAGAUCGAGACCGUCCAGAAGGAGACGAUUCAUCCGCGAAAGUCAUACAAAAUGAACAGUUCGUGCGCUGAUAUACUGCUGUUCGCCGCUUACAAGUGGAAUGUCUCCCGACCUUCACUUCUGGCCGACUCUAAGGACGUGAUGGACGGCACCACUACUCAGAAGUACUGGAUUGACGUUCAGUUGCGUUGGGGUGACUACGACUCGCACGACGUCGAGCGCUACGCCAGAGCCAAGUUCCUCGACUACACCACCGACAACAUGAGUAUCUAUCCCUCGCCUACCGGUGUACUCAUAGCCAUAGAUUUGGCGUACAAUCUGCACUCGGCGUACGGCAAUUGGUUCCCCGGCGCUAAGCCUCUCAUACAACAGGCGAUGGCGAAGAUUAUGAAAGCAAAUCCCGCUCUCUAUGUACUGAGAGAGCGCAUAAGGAAAGGUCUUCAGUUGUAUUCCUCAGAGCCGACCGAACCUUAUCUCUCGUCUCAAAAUUACGGCGAAUUGUUCUCAAAUCAAAUCAUUUGGUUCGUCGACGACACGAAUGUAUAUCGUGUGACGAUUCACAAGACUUUUGAGGGAAAUUUGACGACAAAACCCAUUAACGGCGCUAUUUUCAUAUUCAACCCGAGAACCGGACAGUUGUUCCUUAAGAUAAUCCACACGAGUGUGUGGGCCGGACAGAAGCGUUUAGGUCAGUUGGCGAAGUGGAAGACCGCCGAAGAAGUGGCCGCUUUGAUCAGAUCGUUGCCCGUCGAGGAACAGCCCAAACAAAUCAUUGUCACCCGUAAAGGAAUGUUGGAUCCCUUGGAGGUCCAUUUACUCGACUUCCCCAAUAUUGUCAUCAAAGGCAGUGAACUUCAGCUGCCAUUCCAGGCGUGUCUCAAAGUGGAGAAAUUCGGUGAUCUUAUACUGAAAGCAACCGAACCACAGAUGGUUUUGUUUAAUCUGUACGACGAUUGGCUCAAAACCAUCUCCUCUUACACGGCGUUCUCGAGACUUAUUCUCAUCUUAAGAGCUCUUCACGUGAAUAACGAGAGAACAAAAGUAGUGCUAAAACCGGACAAAACGACGAUCACUGAACCGCACCACAUAUGGCCGAGUCUUACCGAUGAGGAAUGGAUUAAAGUGGAGGUUCAGCUGAAGGAUCUAAUUCUCGCGGAUUACGGCAAGAAGAACAACGUGAACGUGGCGUCACUGACGCAGUCGGAGAUCCGGGACAUAAUCCUGGGAAUGGAGAUCUCGGCGCCGUCUGCACAGAGACAACAAAUCGCCGAAAUCGAGAAACAGACCAAAGAGCAGUCGCAGCUGACGGCCACCACUACUCGCACUGUCAACAAACACGGCGACGAAAUCAUCACAUCCACGACCAGUAACUACGAGACCCAGACGUUCGCCUCGAAGACCGAGUGGAGGAUUCGCGCCAUUUCUGCCACUAAUCUUCAUUUGAGAACAAAUCAUAUUUACGUGUCUUCGGAUGACAUCAAAGAAACCGGAUUUACAUAUAUUUUGCCCAAAAAUGUGCUCAAAAAGUUCAUUAUUAUAUCGGACUUAAGGACACAAAUCGCCGGAUAUUUGUUUGGUGUGAGUCCUGCGGACAACCCUCAGGUCAAAGAGAUCCGAUGUAUAGUAAUGCCCCCGCAAUGGGGUACUCAUCAAACGGUGCAUUUGCCUAAUGUGUUGCCACAACACGAAUAUCUCAACGAUUUGGAGCCCUUGGGAUGGAUUCACACUCAACCCAACGAAUUGCCUCAACUCUCGCCCCAAGACAUCACAACACACGCGAAGAUGAUGGCAGACAACAGCACAUGGGAUGCCGACAAGACUAUUGUCAUUACAUGCAGUUUCACUCCCGGCUCGUGCUCUCUGACAGCCUAUAAACUGACGCCCGGAGGCUAUGAGUGGGGCCGACAGAACACCGAUCGCGGCAACAAUCCUAAGGGCUAUUUGCCCUCUCAUUACGAAAGGGUUCAAAUGCUUCUGUCAGACAGAUUCCUCGGCUUCUAUAUGGUGCCCGCACAGGGAUCUUGGAAUUACAACUUCAUGGGUAUGUCUCUCUCUCUC